CCGAAACAUGAAGUACGUCGUCGUUUUAGUGUUAGCGACCCUCGCGUCGGCCGAACUCGAGGAAUGCUUCAGAAAGGAUUCUAUAUCGUGCAUUCAAUUGGAACUUUACCGAAAAGCGAAAGGAUUUUUCGACCAGGAGAAGAUCGAACUGUUCGGCGGCUUGGCCCUCACCAAGAAGCAAGUGCCGGCCGAAGAGAGGGCCAGGAGUCUCAAAGAGGAUUCGGAUGUCGAGAACAAGCUCAAUUCCGUGAACGACGUCGAAGCUAGGGAAGACGCGCUGGAAAACUUCGCACUCGGUCGGGCUGGAAAACUUCUCGAAGAGAGGAGCCUGACAUGGAACUUGACUCCCUUGGUCAGCGACAUCACUUCUGUAGGAAGGAGCAUCUCCGAUUCCAUCCCGACUGAAGUUAAGGAAGGAGUGUCUUCUUUCCUCAAUGAAGGAAGAGGAAAGAAGAAGAAGAUCCUCCGCGCUUUGCUCCCGCUCCUCCUCGGUCUAAAAUUGAAAUUGGGAGGUUUCCUCGUCCUCUCGUACUUCGUGAUCGCUUUGAUCGCAAAGAAGGCUUUGUUAGCUUCCAUCGUCUCCUUGGCCAUCGCCGGGUUCAUCGCCGUGAAGAAACUCCUCAGCCAUCAAGGAGGACACGAGGUGCACGAGGUGUCUCACGGCUGGUCCGGAGGAUACGGAGGCGGCGGCGGAGUCGGCGGUUACAGCGCCGGAGGAUGGGAAAGCUACGGAGGUGGACACGACGCUCACGGUUCCUACUCCAAUAACGUUGCCCACACUAUCGCCUACUCGGGACAGAAACCGGCAUCAAGGUAGAUACUGAGAUCCGGUGUGAUGAGGCCUUGAGGAAAAACAUGGGACGAGGAUCGAUCUUCGGACCCGUACUGUACAUAUUACCGCGACGACAUAUUACCGAUGACCCGACCUAAGCGAUACUAGUCGUUAAAACAAACUGACGUAAAACGUACACAACGUACUACGAGCUCUCAGGGGUGACGACGAGACGACGAUGACCGUUAUUUAUUAUAUUUAUUAAAUCUCUUCUUGUUCUUCUUCUUCCCUUCGGGCGAAAAAAAUUGUUAUUCGAUAAUUCUUAUUGACGAUUUUGUUAAUUUUUUAUUGGUUGUUUUGCCCUGAACGACUUCUAAGCAACCAAAGACAAUUGAAAAGAUUUAUAGAAGGUUAUUAUUGAAUUAUUUUUGUACU